CACGCGCUGAUGAUAUGAUAUGCUUUAAAGUUAGAAAGAAAACCGAUAUGCAUUAGGACCUACCUACAGUAGUAUCGUAAAAACAAAUUAUCGAGGCAUAUUUGACACAAAAUUGAGCAACGUUUGAAAUUCAUGCGAUUUCGUGGUUUGUCUUGAACGCAACUCAUGUGGAAUCUGUUACGUAUAACAAAGUUUCCCGCGAAACUUCACACAUGUUACCUUCAUCAAAACCUUUCUGGAUUGGUUGUGCAAAGCAUUUCAAGGAAGAAUAAGAAAAUGGAUUGUGACUCAAAAAACCAUGACUCUAAAAUUAGAUGGGACAAUCAGUUGUCAGUCCUUCCAGACAAACUACGACAGAGACUGAUGCCAUUCCAAAAGGAAGGGGUUAAAUUCGCUCUAUCAAAGAAUGGAAGGUGUAUGAUUGCGGAUGAGAUGGGUCUGGGGAAGACAAUUCAGGCUAUCUCAGUGGCCUAUGCCUACAGGCAGGAGUGGCCCCUGCUCGUCGUGGUUCCCUCCUCCCUGAAGUACCCCUGGAUAGAGGAGAUGGAGAGGUGGAUCCCGGAACUCAACCCCGGGGACAUCAACUUGGUGGAGACCAAGAGUGACACACUGGGCAUCGGCAGCUGCAAGGUGACGGUGUUGGGCUACGGGCUGCUCACCACAGACGCACGCGGCCUAGUGGACGCCCUGACCAGACAGAAGUUCGACGUGGUGGUUGUGGACGAGUCUCACUACCUCAAGUCCCGGAACGCAGCCAGGUCCAAGAUACUGGUACCGCUCAUUCAGAGGGCCAAGCGGGCCAUUCUGCUGACAGGGACCCCGGCCCUGGGCCGGCCCGAGGAGCUCUUCAUGCAGAUAGAUGCCCUUUAUCCUGGGAUGUUUGGAACGUGGAGUGACUACGCCAAACAGUUCUGUAAUGCUCACUAUAGGUUCUUUGGGAACAGGAGACAAUGGGACUGUCGAGGUGCCUCUCAUCUGAAGGAGCUGCACCAGCGUCUCAGAGAGAUAAUGAUCCGCAGACUGAAGGCCCAAGUCCUCCCACAGUUACCCCCCAAAAUACGCCAGCGCAUCCCCUUCAACCUGCCCAAAGACGCUGCCAAGGAGGCGAGUGGCAGCUUGGAGGAGUGGGAGCGCCUGAUGAAGACCGUGGGAUCAGGAGUCUCCGCCACGGACAACCCUUUUACUGAAGUCAUGGGGCUCGCUACACGAAUGUACAAACAGACUGCCAUAGCUAAGGCAGGGGCUGUGAAGGACUACAUCAAGAUGCUGCUGGAGACUGAGAAGUUAAAGUUUCUGGUGUUUGCCCACCAUCUCACUAUGCUCCAGGCCUGCACAGAGGCUGUAAUCGAAGCCAAGGCCGGUUAUAUCCGUAUUGACGGGAGCGUUCCGUCCUCAGAGCGGAUCCAACUGGUUCACCGGUUCCAGAACGACCCGGAGACUCGUGUGGCCAUCCUCAGCAUACAGGCGGCUGGACAGGGCCUGACGUUUACAGCCGCCACUCACGUGGUGUUUGCUGAGCUGUGCUGGAGCCCUGGCCACGUGAAACAAGCUGAGGACAGGGCCCACCGCAUUGGACAGACCGCUUCCAUCCACGUCCACUACCUAAUCGCCAAGGGAACCUUUGACACGGUGUUGUGGGGCAUGCUCAACCGGAAGGAAACAAUAACAGGCAGUACUCUGAACGGUAAGAAGGAGUACUUAAAUGCCAAGGUGGGAGACAAAGACAAAUGGGAAUUCCUGAACUUCUCAGAGGCCUGGACACCGAGUGAGAUGACCUUGACAGGUGGAGGAGGGGAUGCUGACAAAACCACUGUCUUCUUUAACCAUUUUGAGAAGGACAAACAACAUGACAUACGCUCCUUCUUCUCUCCGGGUUCAAGCAAGAAGAGGAAAAGAACAGAGGAAGACUUGAGUCGAUCACCCGUCAGUCCUGCGGCCUCCUCGGCGAAGAAGGGCUCUGUGUACUCGGAGGCCGACGAUGAGGAGGAGCAGAAAAACAACUCCCAAUGUCACCCUGUUCUCCAGGACCCAGAGUUCUCCCCCCAGGUGCAGAGGCUUUGUUUUCCCGCCCCCAGGUCCUGUCCUGCUGCCAGGAGGAGAUCCCUGCCUAAUGGGAGUAGCCCCAGUGGCAGCCCCCUGGCCCCGAUGUUUGCGCCCCGUUGCCUCUCUGCUAAAGGGGGCCCAGUAACCGGGAUGAGCCCCAGACCAGCACCCCCAGUCCUGCGGGGGGGUCGCGGAGGCUUGGGGAACGGCCAGGACUGGAGUUGUGGGACCUGUACCUACUCCAACAGCACCCUGCUGCUUUACUGUGAGAUGUGUGAGUCCCCACGCCCCAAAACCACCUCUGGGACUCCGUCACCACAGUCUCCUGGUUCCGCUGCUGUACCACCAGCUUCCCGACCGGACCAGUCCUCCUCCGGAGAACCUCCCAGCGUCACCCUCCCUAGCUCCGUCAGCGGGCAGGAGGAGGACCCCCGCGUUCCCAGUCCUCACUGCGGCACACCAACUGACUGGAGAGAGAACGAGGGGAGACCGAGAGAGGAGGAGGAGGAAGAGGAGGAGAAGGAGUGGAGACGGGGAGACACACAACAGAGAAAAGAAGAGGAGGAGAGGCAAAGCGGAGAUCACCACUCAUCCUCUCAUGAUUAUUCUCCGGAAGCCCAGACAGGCGGUGUGUGUAGCCCUGAUGAUGAUGGUUGCACAGCAUCACUUCCCCUGUACCUCAACAUGAGGUUCUGCGCCAGCAUGCACACGGACCGGGUGUAUGUCUACUCCCAGGAGGGCAGUCCACUGCACUGUAACUUCAUCCCUCUGGACAUUAAACUGGACUGCUGGGAAGAUCUGCCAGAGCCCUUCAGCAGACGCAGAGAGAACAGGACACAGAUCUUGAGGCUUGUGCAGCAGUGGUUCUCUCUGACAGCCAUGAAGCAGAGGCUGUUGCGUCGUAGUGGUCUUGUCUUCCAUAGCCCCGUUUCGGCCCUGGACCAACUUACCCACAGCCAACACAACCACAACAGCACCAAGAGGUACUUGACCAAAGAAGAUGUGACGCAGGCAUCUGUCGGAAAGGUCCAGCGAGAGGGAGGGAGUGUCCGAGUCAUCAGAAGGGACAGCUUCUUCGCCAAGAGGACUUCAAGCUCCACCUUUAGCUCACCACGCAGCCACACAGGACCAGAGAAAUCAGGAAAAGAAGAUCCCCCAGACCAGGAGUCUCCUUGUGAAGACGGGGCUCCAGAGGCCCUGGCUGAGGCUGGUUGCUUGCAGGCUAUGGACAGCGAAGGUCGUCCUCUGUGCCUGUCCUGCCACCAGGCCUGUGGGACUGCCGGGGGGGCCUGGGACACCCGCUUCUGCAGCCAGAAGUGCCAGGAGGAGUUUCAGCUGCGCUCCAGUCAGUCACAUAUGCGUGCGCGGGUACUGCAGACGGAGCAGGGCGUGUGUCAGGGCUGCGGCUUGCAGGCUCACCAGCUUUACCUGAAGGUCCGUGACGCCCCUCCCACACACAGGAAGGAGAUGCUGGAGAACACUUGGCUGGCACAGCUGUCUCUCAAACAGCUAAAUGAGAUGAUUCGCGCCCCUGUUGAGGGUCAGUUCUGGCAGGUGGAUCACAUACGGCCGGUCUACAGUGGAGGUGGACAAUGUUCCCUAGACAACCUGCAGACCCUCUGCACCGUAUGUCACAAGACUAGAACUGCUCAGCAAGCCAAAGAGAGAAGCAAAAUUAAGAAGGGCCUCGCUGCCUCCAAGGUAUCAUCAGACAUCACUCGCUUCUUCGUCAAGAAAUGAAAUGUUUUUUUUCCCUCAGACACGGGGUGUUGUAGAAGCGAUGAGCGACAGAGGAAUGAUACUUUUGAGUCCUUUUCAUUUCUGUGAAGUACUUUUACGUAAACGUUGUCCUAACGUUCAAGUGAUGUUUGAAGGCGGGUAGUGCGGCCUCUCUCGUCACUUUCAGGUUUUAUGGCAGUGUCAACCUAGUGAGCAAAAGUGCUUAAAAAGACAUCAUCCCAACAACUGGUUCAAACCUGUUUUAAGCAAGACUCAUAGGGGAGACCUGCUUUAGGGAUGCUGUUGUUGAUUUACCUGAAUUGAUGUAACUUAAUAAUGCUGCCUGUAACCAGUGUUUAAAACUACGCAGCUCCCCUCCCUCCUUGUGCCUGAACCGUAAGAACUGAGUCAGGGUUGAUUUAUGACAGGCUUUUCUAGUGCAGAUACAGGCGGAACUGAACAAGCAGCAGACGAUGCCGGCCUGUUUAAAGUGCCUGCCGAGCGUUCCAUUUGCUGCUAUUUUAGGUUGUGCAAACUUGAUAGAAAUAACCCUGAAAAAUCGGAGAUGAAAAAUUGCGAUGCUCUAGUUUAUAUCUCGACAUAUCUCACACACUUUUUUUCUAUUAAUGGCCUCUACAAAUAGGCUAGUUCCCGAUGGUUUUAAUUAUAAAAGCAUGAAUGGCUUAAGUAACAUGACAUUAAUGAAAAUAAAACAUGCAUUUUCUUCUGUU